CAAAUAGACAUAUAUAAUAAUGAUAGAUUUAAUAUAUAUAUUCAAUUUAAUCAAUCAAAAAAGCGUCUUAUUUCAUAAGCAAAUUAUUUUCUGAAGGAUUUACCACUUCGAUGUUUAUGUCCUCGUUAAAGUGGCGUGAUCGAUUUUGAGCAGUGACGUACGACUGACGUGCGAAAAUAUUCGCGAAUGUCGAAUGAUCCAUCAAAACAACAGUCAAAAUCGUAUGUCAAGUUAUUUACGCAUUGAAAAUCUAGUAAUAUAUAUCAGCAACAUGAAGCAUUUUGUGAUGAUAAUUAUUUAUCAAGUUAAAGUAAUAAAAUUAUAAAAAAUAAUUAGAAACGAAAAUCAUAAAUUAUAAAUAAGGUGAUGUCUAAUAAAUCAGGAAAAUUUGGUCUUAUAAAUGCUGUUAAAGACCUUAUAAACAAAGGCCAGUUUGGUUUAGGCAAAGAUUGGAAUAAAAUAAUAUUGAAAAUUCAAUCAGCUUUACCUUAUAAUGACGGUUCUAUAACUAUUACCCGUGGGUAUAAGGGUGAAUUGGUGAAUAGCAAGAUUAGGGAUACCAAAUCUGAUCAUUCCAAAUCAUUUUUAGAAGCACUUGGAAAAAAUGAUAAGACAGAUAAAUUAAAUUGCUGGAAAUUAAAUCAAGAUGCAGAUAAAAGUAAAAACAUAGCAUAUGUUACAAAACAUGUAGUUUCUUCACUAUCGGCAAUGCUAGAAGAUGAUUCUAUUUUGCAACGAUUGAAAGAAUUUUGUGACCAUAUGAAUUUAUAUCCAAAUGAAAGGCAUCAUGCGAUAAAAUUAGGUGCUCUGAGUACUAUUUUGCGAUUGCGUCAUAAUGCUGAAUGUGAAGAAAUAAUUCAUCAAUCUAAUGAAGCCCUAUCCUUAAUUGGAUAUUGUGAUCCCUUACCUGGAAGGGGUGUACGAAUUCUAUCUAUUGAUGGAGGCGGUGUCAGAGGCGUUCUUGUAAUUGAAAUGCUGAAAAAAUUAGAACAGCUUACUGGAAAACGAGUGUUUGAAAUGUUCGAUUAUAUUGCGGGUGUUAGUACUGGCGCUAUACUGGGAUUUUCAUUAGUGUCACAACCUAAUAGAACCUUAGAUGAGACAUCACAACUAUAUAAAGAAUUGAGCUCUAAAAUGUUUAGUGCUAGCAGUCCUUUAUCAGUAUUAUCCGGCACAUCUCGAUUAGUUUGGAGUCAUGCGUAUUAUGAUACUUCAAAGUGGGAAGAAUUUUUGAAGGAAUAUCUUGGGGAUAUCUCGAUGAUUAAAACUUCAAGAAUACCAGGUUGCCCAAAGUUAUCAGCCAUAUCAUGCAUAGCAAAUGCUUCUGAUACGGCAGCAUUUGUGUUUAGGAACUACACCCUACCUUGGCGUAUUCAUUCAGUGUAUUGUGGAACUCACAGUGCUAAAGUCUGGGAAGCUGUACGUGCAAGUAGUGCAGCUCCCACUUAUUUUGAAGAAUUUAAGCUUGGUGAUUAUCUUCAUCAGGAUGGUGGUAUCAUGUUUAAUAACCCAACAGCUGUAGCUAUACAUGAAGCAAAAUUACUUUGGCCUGGUUCUCCUAUACAAUGUGUGAUCAGUUUUGGGACUGGAAGAACUACACCUAGUUCUGAACAAAUAAACUCAGAGAAUUUAAGUACAUCAUCAUGGAAAACAAAAUUUAUAAAAAUUCUUUGCAGUGCAACUGACACUGAAGCCGUGCACACAACUCUAAAUGAUCUUUUACCAUCUGGUACAUAUUUUCGAUUCAAUCCUUAUUUAACUGAAAUGCUUACAAUGGUUGAAACUAGACCUGAAAAGGUAGCUCAAUUAGAAUUGGAUGCUGCCAUAUAUAUGAGAAAAAAUGAAGAUAAAUUUUUAAGGGCCGCAGAAGCAUUGUGCCAAUCAAAACCAGUUUCUCAAAAAUUAACUGAUUGGGUAAGGCUUCAAGCCCAUGUAGUAGGAUUUCUAUAAACUAUAAAAUGAUUAAAUCAUAACACAUUUAAAUACUUUACAUUAUCAUAUAAUUAAUCUGUGAUUUUUUUGUUAUUUAUUUAAAUAAGAAAAUUUAAAACUGUUAUAAAUUGAUAAAAAAUAAAUAAUAUAUUUUUAAUUAAUAUUCAGAGCACUAAAAUAUCAUUUUAAUAAGAUAUAAUCAUUAGUAUAAUUACGAUUUGCACCUCAAUUAUUUUCUACUUAUAUAAUUUUGUACUAC